AUGUCGCCUCGUUAUCCAUAUCCCACACGGUCGUCAGACCUUCGUUUCUCAGGCUCUACGGUACUCGCUAAUCCAGGAUCCGAUUCAAAUGGGUCGCCUACCAACGACAGCAGUACCAACAGCGAGAACUUAAACAUGUGGUGGCCUUCCUCGCAUUUUAAUCUUCGCCCGGUACUAAGCGAACGAGUCUCGGAGCUUAUUAAACGAAAUGCUAUUUCUACGGCUGCGGCUGAAGGGGGUAAUAGAGGGGAUCAGAAUGCUAUUAUCGAUGCCAUGGAGUUUACGAGAUGGUUGGGUAUAUACUACAACGUCGGUUGUAUUUUGUUCCCUAUCGGGGUUUUUGUGAUUAGGAAGGCUGCGGGGAGGAUAAGAGAAUAUAGGAAGGCACAAAGGAAAAAGAAGAAAGAGGAAACCGCUGGAAGGGAUAACAGAAGAUACAAGACCGGAAAUGUGGAUGUUUCGGUAGUCGAAACGGCCUCUACAGCGUCAAGUUCUAGUGCUUCCAGCGCUAUUAUUCCCGCCGAAAUAGAUUCAGACGAAUCCAAACCUCUUCUACAAAACUCCACGCCGAAAUUACCAUGGUACACACUCCUUUACCGCCGUUUCAAAGGAUUUAUGACCUAUCAACGUCCUAACGACUCCCGAGGCCGCGUGAUACCACAUAAUUCUAUCCUUAUCGUUAAUCAGCUAUUCUUUUGGACAUCAGUCUUCUUAUCUAUAUACUACAUUUACUACCCGCUCGACAGGACCAACAACUCUGAUCUUCGGUUUUUCCUGAUGGCUGACAGGUGGGGGAUGGUAUUUACUAUGAACCAGCCAUUAAAUUUCAUAUUGGCGGCGAAGACCUCACCGAUCAAGUAUUUGACCGGGUGGAGUUAUGAAGAACAUUUGAUUGUUCACCGUAUGGUUGCUACUACGUCACAUAUAGCCAGUAUAGUGCAUUUUAUAGGGAUGUAUGUCGUUUAUAGAAUUUUUAUUGCUGGUACCGACCGCGGUCUGACAUUCAUUGGCAUCCUUCUCCGGCCAGAUAUCUUCUUCGGUCUGAUUUCAUUUAUCGCCUUCUGGAUCUUUGGUAUAACCUCCAUGGACGAAAUCCGUCUAAAAGCCUACGAAUUGUUCCUGGCUACGCACAUCUCAUUCGCUUCCAUCGCCAUGAUAUUCCUAUACCUUCACCACCCGGCUGCAAGAAUUUACGUCGUCUUUUCAUUCCUCAUCUGGGCGGCCGAUAGGAUUGUUUAUAGAGCAUAUAAUAAACGAUGGUCAGCCGAUGGAGAAGUUGAAGUCCUUGACGAAAGUACUAUCAGGGUCACUAUCAAAAAUUUUGGGAAAGGAUCGAACAAGGUUAUGAAAUGGGAGCCAGCAGGACAUGUUUUCUUGACUGUCCCUGGGUGGAACAGAUUUCAAGCUCAUCCGUUUACAAUACUUACCCCGCCGGUUGGGUAUGAUCUUGAGGGAAAUAGUCUUAAUGAUGGGAAUGAGAAGGAUAUGGUACUAGUGAUUAGAAAGCUGAAGGGGUUCACAGAGGCGUUAUAUGAUAUGGGUGGGAUGGUUAAGGUUACCGUCGAUGGACCUUAUGGGUCUGAACAUGCGAGGGGGUCUUUGAGAGGGUGUACGAAGUCGCUGUUCAUUGCCGGUGGUAGUGGUAUUGCGGUUGCUUGGCCAUUGAUGUGUGAAUUGAUAAGAAGGGAAAUGGAUAAGAAUAAAAAGGGGAAAGGUGGGAAGCCGAGAAAGAUUGUUCUAGUGUGGAUAGUCCACCACGAACACCAUCUGAAAUGGAUCGAAGAAGAUCUCGAGAAAUUAGAAGAAGUCAAGAGGACCUUACCCCGAGAAUUUGAGAUUGAAGUAAAAAAGUUCAUCACUAGAGGCAUUAACGGAAAACGGCCGGAUUUGAGAAAGGAAGUUAUUAGAGUGGUAGAGGACGAAGAUGGACCAAGAUUGAAUGGGAGAACCGGAGUACUGGUUUGUGGACCUGAUGCUAUGAUGAGGGAAGUCAGAACCGUUGGAAGAGAUUUGCUAUAUGAAGGAAAGGAUGUGGAGAUUUUAGCAGAAAAGUUUGGAUGGUGA